AUGGAAGGAAGCGCCGGGGAGAAAUCCGACGUUGCCACACUCGACCAGCAGCUCCGUUCACGCGGCUCGGUGUCCGCCGACACGUCUCAGGAUCAUGUCGUGGACGUGCAGGCAACGGCCGACGAGAACGGUGAUGGCAGUACCACGGGUAACUUCAUCUGCCGCCCGGCCAUCCACUUCGUACUGGCCUUCCACGACCUGACGUAUAGCGUCAAGCGGCCGAGGAGGUCGUUCAGCCGGAGCCGCGGCGACGUCGGGGCGACCGACGUGGCGAGGAGAAACACGCUGCUUGACGGCAUCUCCGGAGAGGCUCGGGAGGGGGAGAUCAUGGCCGUGCUCGGCGCGAGUGGCGCCGGCAAGAGCACGCUCAUCGACGCCCUGGCCAGCCGCAUCCAGCGCGAGAGCCUCCGGGGCGCCGUCACGCUCAACGGGGACGCCCUCGACAGCCGCCUGCUCAGGGUCAUCUCGGCGUACGUGAUGCAGGACGACCUGCUCUACCCGAUGCUCACCGUCGCCGAGACGCUCAUGUACUCGGCCGAGUUCCGGCUCCCGCGCUCGCUCUCCACGUCCAAGAAGAGGAGCCGCGUCCAGGCGCUCAUCGACCAGCUCGGCCUGCGCGCCGCGGCCAACACCAUCAUCGGCGACGAGGGCCACCGCGGCGUGUCCGGCGGCGAGCGCAGGCGCGUGUCCAUCGGCAUCGACAUCAUCCACGACCCCAUCAUCCUGUUCCUCGACGAGCCCACGUCCGGGCUCGACUCCACCAGCGCCUUCAUGGUCGUCAAGGUGCUGCAGCGCAUCGCGCAGAGCGGCAGCGUCGUCAUCAUGUCCAUCCACCAACCGAGCUACCGCAUCCUCGGCCUCCUUGACCGUCUCCUGUUCCUCUCCAAGGGCCGGACGGUGUACUACGCCCCGCCGGCCUCGCUGCCUCUCUUCUUCUCGGAGCUCGGCAAACCGAUCCCCGACGGUGAGAACCCGGCCGAGUUCGCGCUGGAUCACAUACGCGAGCUGGAAGGCACCCAUGCCGGAACUGAGGAGCUCGUGCAGUUCAGCAAGUCGUGGCAAGACAAGCCCCUCUCCCGUGCCGUCUCGGCGGCAAGCGCAGGCCCGCUCAACAGGCCAUCGCUGUCGUUUAAGGAAGCCAUUUGCCUGAGCGUCGCCCGCGGCAAGCUGGUGUCCGGCAUGAGCACCACCAGCGCCGCUGACGCGGAGGUGGCGGCGACAACCAAAGUUUCGACGUACGCGAACCCUUGGUGGGUGGAGCUCUGGGUGCUGACGCGGCGGGGGUUCACCAACACGAUGCGCACGCCGGAGCUCUUCCAGAUCCGGCUCGGCGCGGUGGUGGUCACCGCCAUCAUCCUGGCAACCAUCUUCUGGCGGCUGGACAACACGCCCAAGGGCGUGAACGAGCGGUUCAGCUUCUUCGCCAUCGCCAUGUCCACCAUGUUCUACACCAGCGCCGAUGCGCUCCCGGUGUUCCUCAUCGAGCGAUACAUCUUCCUGAGGGAGACAGCGCACAACGCGUACCGCCGGUCCUCCUACACGCUGUCCAACGCCAUCGUCGCCUUCCCGCCGCUCGUCUUCCUCUCCUACCCGUACGAGGCGGUGAUGCAGAACGAGUUCGGCGCCGACCCCGGCAAGUGCUUCAUGCGUGGCGUGCAGAUGUUCGACGGCACGCCCAUGGGGAAGCUGCCGGUGGCCACCCAGGUCACCGUGCUCAACGCGAUGAGCAAGUCCAUGCGGAUCGACUUCAACAGCACCUCCUGCAUCACCACGGGGACGGACAUACUCGCGAAGCAGGCCGUCGACCAACUCGGCAAGUGGGGCUGCCUCUGGGCCACCGUCGCAUGGGGAUUCCUCUUCCGCAUCCUCUUCUACCUCACGCUCCUGCUCGGCAGCAGCAACAAAGGGAGGUGA